AUGGUUCUCGAGGUAUCCAGUGUUAAUUUUCGAGAGGCACCAUCUUCAAUUUCAUUUUCUGGAUCAGGUUUUUUGUCCACCUACCAGAUAGGCGUUGCUCAGUGUUUUCUACAAAAUGCGCCAUGGAUACUGCACAAGGCACCACGAAUCCUCGGUGCAUCAGCAGGGUCUUUGGUAGCUGCUGCUGUUGCCUGUGAAAUAAACCUGAUCUCGAUGCGAAAUGAGAUGCUGAACUUCGCAAAAGUGAUGAAGGCCUUUGCACUUGGGCCAUUUAACCCUUCUGUUGAUAUUCUGCAAUGGUUAAAAUAUGUAUUAUACAAAAACCUUCCCACUGAUGCACAUCUCCUUGCAAAUGGGCGUCUCGCUGUCGCUAUGACCCGUCUGGAUGACGGCCAUUACACUGUUAUAACAGAGUACCAGUCAAAAGAGGAUGUCGUACAGGCCCUGCUUUGUAGCUGCUUUGUUCCGGGAUAUUGCGGCAUGCUGCCUCCCUCCCUUAAUGGAGUACACUAUAUGGAUGGAGGUUUCAGCAAAAUACAGCCAGUUCUGGCACUACCCAGUCAUACUUUAACCGUUUCUCCAUUCUCUGGAGAGACAGACAUCUGCCCCCCUGAUCAACCAUGCAUGUUGGACAUGGUGGUGACCGGACUAACUCUGAAGGGCAAUUUGGCCAAUGGCCUAAGAUUUUGGAAUGCACUCUACCCCAUAAAGCUAGAGACUGUAGAACAAGCCUAUCACAGUGGUUACAAAGAUGCCUAUGAAUUUCUUCUGCGCAAUGAACUUCUCUCGAACAUGAACAUGUUUACCAUGUCCCAAGGAUUCGACAACUACUCUUGCACAAAAACACCGAUAUUCCCAGAGACUGCUCCCGAGGAAGAAGAGGAUAAUGAAAUUGAGACAACAGAAUUGCCGUUUUUUCAAGGCAGCCAAAGCAAGCAGAUUAACACUUCUGUUGAACUCCAAUCUUCAACUGGAAAACUGACAAUUACAGAACUUCCUCUCACUUUUGACUCCGCCAAGAAUGUUCUGCUGGGCAACGUGACAACGUAUUGGAGCAUGCUGGGACCCUCUGGAUAUUUUACCUACUUGCUGGUCCCUAUGAUGCUGUUGUUCCAGACUCUGAUUGAGACUGUAGAAAUGAGGACUUCUGUUUUGGAGCUGUUGAGUAGGAGGAAGUUAGAGGAGAACCAGGAGUUAAUGUCAUCUAAGCAGAGGGUGAGGGAUGAAGAUGGAACCGAGGGCGAGAAUGUACUAAAUGAUAAAGAGGAGCGGCCCCAGGACAGAACCCUGGGGCCCGCCAGCGGAUACAGGGAGGGAAUUGGAUUUAUGGGGGCCGAAUUUGACGAAUUGUGUGCGGUUGGACAGGUAGGAAGUGAACCAGGAAGGGGGUGUGUGAGUGAUAACAAUGGAGGAGAGACGGUCGAGAAGGAUUGUGUGGAAAAUGGUGUCGAAGGCGGCAGUGAGAUCGAGGAGGACGAGAAUUGA